CUGCUUUGCUGAGUAUGAAGCAUUUCGCGGUGGAUGCCUGUCUAUCAUUAUUUCUAAAACAAUGAAGCCAGGUACAACAUAGGUAGCAGUACAGCAGGCUUUCCUGCACCAUGCUGCCAUGUCCACACUCCUAGAUGGAUCAUCUGUGGGGUUUUAGCUGAAUCAUGAAGGAAACUAAAACAGCAAACAGCAAAGUGCAGCUUGAGUACUAAAAACAGCAGUCAGCUGAUGAGCUAAAAGAUUGGGCAGUGCUUACAUAUCCUGGAUUAUAGCUGAAAGUGUAGCAUGCAGGCCAUAGAAAAUGCAAGUUCUCUGUGUGUGGAGACUGCCUGUGAUCUCCCUGACAGUGCUAUAAACACUGAUGAAGCCAAGGGGCUACACAGUCUGGGCUCUUUUCUCUUCUGAGUCUCCUCAUCAUUAUUAUGGAGCCAAACAGUCCUAAAAAGAUCCAAUUUGCUGUGCCAUUAUUUCAGAGUCAAAUAGAUCCUGAAGCAGCUGAACAGAUCAGGAAAAGAAGGCCCACACCAGCAUCACUAGUUAUUAUGAAUGAACACUCACCCCCAGAAAUAGAUGAGAAGAGAAAGAACAACUCACAAGGAGAAUCACAGAACGCCUCCCCUAAGCAAAGAAAGCAGAGUGUGUACGCUCCUCCUGCCAUCAAAGGCAGUGAACAGGCAGAUUCUAUUAAAUGUAAUGGUAAUCACCACUCCUCAGGCACCACACAGCAGCAGAGAGUAACUGAGGCAGAUGAUCAGCUUAUGAAACCAAGGCGGAAAGAUACACCAUUUCAGCACCAAGCACCGUUUGUUCCAGGGGUUAAACAUCUGAAAAGUCAGAACGACUCAGCAUUCCCAGAGGAAGAAGAGAGUGUCAAUGAAAGAGAAGAAGAAUGGGACCAUUAAUUAGCAUUGGGCUUGUGUAAGAAAGGUUAUUGAGAAUAACUGAACUGCUAAACUUUCCAUACUUAACAUGGAAUUCCAUUGCUUGUGUUUCUGAAACAUUCUUCAUCUCACAACUCCAGGCACACAUAGCAGGAUGCUUUCCAGGGAGCAUUCCUUGACUGGAUUUUACAGCACUCUGCAAACUUGUCCUGUGAUACUUGUAACUGAAGAUAAACAUUUAUUUUACAGUCAUUUUUCUUUCCUUUUUUAUGACUUAAAAAUGUAAUUUGCAAACAUGUUAGUAAUCUAACUUCGGUACUGCCAGAGCUUAAUUACUGAAUGUGAUCUGUACUCCAAGACUUAUUGUAAA